GUGUAGAACGACUGAAAGUAUCGAAGCAUUUGGCUGAAGAGGCAAUGAAUUAUUUUGAGGAAUGUGUAUCGAUCUCGACAUUGGAUAGCACUGAUUUCUCAUCACUGGAGGACCCUCAAAUAAACUCAGUUGUGAACAUCCCACAAAAGAACAGAAAUACAUCUUUUGACAAAGGUGGAUCAAGCAUUGCAGAAACCCACUAUCCAACUGAUCGUCAUUGGCAUAAUGAGGAAUCUGACAACCAAACCCAGUGCUCAGUUAGCUUAACUGGAUCUGAUGUGUCUGGAGGCCAUACUUAUAGUCAUACUAUGAUGACCCCCGUUUCAAGAACUACAAAUAGCUCCAGUGAUGAUCUCGAUGGCUUUGACACACCAAAAGGCAGAAGUUCUUGUUUCUCCUUCACUCAUGAACCAACAAAAACUGUUGAGGGCGAUGACGUUCAACAAUAUUUAAGAAGUUUUGGAAGGGGAAUCAGUAAAGAUCUAAGAGAGAUAAGGUCAAAUUAUUGUGAUGAUGACUAUGUAUUUCAGAAAAUGAAUGCAGACUUAAUUAUGGAUACUGUGACAUUUAAGAACAUGGUAAAUUUUGGGGGUCUCCUUAUUUGUAAUAUUAGAAGAUACUGAGAAAACAUCAACUAGUGCGCUAUGGUGGGAGGACUGAUAUUCAUAUUAGCAACGUGCAAUUAGUACUACUAGAGAUGUAUACAUGUUCAUAUGAUUCUAUCUACUAAUUGUGAUUUUUUUGGUCA